UAAGACCAAACCAUAUCAUUUCAUUUCAUAUACUUGUGAUGCAUCGAUCUAUAAUGAAGAUCACAAGUUUAACCUCGUUGCUUAUUAUUGGAUUAUGCAUUUCCUGCACGCUCUCAAACCCAGAUGGAUUUCUAAGCAUUAACUGUGGCGUUUCAAAAAAUUGGACGGACGUUGUAGGCAUAGAUUGGGUUACCGAUUCUUCUUUCGUCAAAACAAGAAAUGCUUCGAGUAUGCCUUCAUUGGGUUCUACUGAUUGGGCCUACCAGUAUCAGUCCGUGGCCUAUUUUACAAAUCUGCAUGUAAAUAAAUAUUGUUAUUUGAUUCCCGUGACGUCUGGUACACUCUACCUGGUAAGGCUUCGGUUUUCUUAUGGAGGAUUUGAGGGUCUUCGUUUGGCAAGUGUCUUUGAUGUAUUUGUAGAGGGGAUCAAGAUGACCAAAAUUGACUUAAGAAAUUUACCAAAGCAUUCUUUCCGUUAUCGCGAGAUCAUCUUGGCUGCCAAAAGCAACAGUCUGAGUUUAUGUCUUGCAAGAAACUCAGAGACAGAAGAUGACAGAUAUGUUUUCAUUUCUACCCUUGAGUUGAGGCCGCUAGAAUAUCCAAUGUAUAACUUGACUGAUUUCAACAACGCUGCUUUAGUUAUGCUCAGUCGUAGGGAUUAUGGCAGUUAUAAUGAUUCAAACUAUCCCAACGAUCCAUUUGAUCGCAUUUGGAGGACUUUUAUGCUGUCGUCAACGACCAUAAUCAGGCAGGAUUCCUCUUUAGGUGAUGGCUUAUGGAACAAACCGCCUGUUUCUGUCUUACAGACUGCCAUUACAUCGAAAGUAGGUGAAGACCUAAUAAUUUCAGACCAGCUUGAAUCUGCCCUUGACAACGUCUCUUGCUAUUUUGCUCUUUACUUCUGCAACGUCAACAAGACAAGCCAUUCCUCGAGACGCAGCUUCCAAGUCUUCAUUAGUGAUGUUCCAGUCACAGAAUUGCUAGAAUUCACUUCAUAUGGGCAAUGCAUAGCCAUCUAUCGGAUGUUAUAUUUCCCCACAAUUAACUUUAUGAACAUAAAAUUGAGUCCUGGAAAAGGAUCAGACAUGGGGCCAUUUAUAAAUGCAGCUGAAGCGUAUCAAAGGGUAGACAACAACAAUAUGACACACGCCGAAGACGUUCUUGCUAUUCGGAAAAUAGCAAAUACAUUGAAUGUUCCAGAUGAUUGGACAGUGGGAGAUCCAUGUUUGCCAGCAGAUUAUCCGUUAACGGGUAUUCUCUGCAAUGAAGAUAAUCCCCCACGAGUUAUUAUUGUAAAUUUGACAAACAUGGGUCUCGCUGGUAACAUCCCUUCAAGUUUAGCCAACUUAUCAGCACUAACUCAGUUGCUGUUAGGAAACAACAAUCUUAUAGGUUCUGUUCCGGACCUCAGCCCAUUGAAGAACCUUAAAAUACUGCAAUUACAAAACAAUCAACUCACAGGAGAUAUUCCAAGCUCGUUAGAGAAGCUUACUCUAUUGAAAGAACUAUUUUUGCAGAACAACAAAUUAAAUGGAGCAGUGCCACCUGGUUUAAUUAAAUCCGGUUUAAAUUUUCGAUUUUCUCCUCAAAGCAAUAAUAUUUCCCCUCAAAGUAGUUUCCAUUUAGCUCCUCAGAGUAACGUUCCAGGGGGCAGUAAAAAUGACACAGCGAAAAGAUGGAUUUUAGGACUUUCUACCGGUUGUCCCGUCCUCUUGAUUGCUGUGAUUUCCAUAAUUUUAUGGAGAUACAAACAUAGACAACGAUCACGUAUCACAAAUGGUCCUAUCAUGCAGCUUCAACAUUCAUGUUCAGAUGAAGAUGGUCCAAAUGAAUAUCAUAAAUUGGCGAUCGAAUUCACUGAGGAAGACAUCAAAGUAGCUACAAAUAAUUAUUCCACAGUAAUUGGCAAGGGAGGAUUUGGAUCUGUAUUUUACGGUAAACUUUCGGGAUAUGAUGUUGCAGUCAAAAUACUUUCAUCUGAUUCAAACCAAGGGAAACAAGAAUUUCGAAAUGAGGUGACCCUCCUGUCAAGGAUCUACCAUAAGAAUCUUGUAAAUCUUGUUGGGUAUUGCAGACAAUCCAUAGUAGCCUUGGUAUACGAAUAUAUGCACGGUGGAACACUGAAGGAUCAUUUAUAUGGGAGAGCUAAACUGGAGAAACCACUUGAUUGGCAAACUAGACUUAACAUUUCACUCCAAGCAGCCCAAGGUUUACUAUACCUGCAUCAAGGUUGUAGUCCUCCAAUAAUACACAGAGAUAUAAAGUGCACUAAUAUACUUUUGGAUAGAAAAAUGAAUGCCAAGGUUGCUGAUUUUGGUCUAUCAAAAUUAUUGGAAGACUCCAAGGGCUAUACAACAACAAAUGUGAUGGGCACUAUUGGCUAUGUUGACCCUGAAUAUUUUGGAACAAGAAUGUUAAACGAGAAGAGUGAUGUUUAUAGUUUUGGUGUAGUUUUGUUGGAGAUUAUAUCUGGAAUAUCACCCAAAGAUGGAGUUGUCCAAUUGGCUAAAAACUUAAUUUCAUGUGGGAGACUACAAGACCUGAUGGAUACUUCAUUGGAUGGGCUAUACAGUUUAACGUCUGCCUGGAAAGUUGCAGAGAUUGCCUUUAAUUGUGUGGAACAAACACCAACAAAUAGACCCAAAAUGAGUACAGUUGUAAAAGAGCUAGAAGAAGCAGUGGGACUUGUCUCUGAAGAUGGCAAUCAACUUGAACAUGCUAGGAGCAAAAUAUUAAAUUCAAGUGAAUUGCCCGAACCCAGAUAGUUAGGAAAUCUUAUCUUCAUGUAGGAAAGACGCGUGAAAUCUAGGUCUACAGCUUUUAAGAUUUCCGAAGUGAUAUGUUUUAUAUUUAAUGAUUAUGGUUCGCCUUGAGAGUGACAUUGUAAAACUUGAUGAGUGGUUUAAAUAUCAAUUAGUUUAAGAGUGUAGAAUGUAUUUAGGGGUUUACGGAUUUAAAAAAAACUGUGUCUCGGGGUUUUAAAUAGAUAAAACAUAAUGGAUUGUAGAUGUUCUAAUAGGUUUAUGUGUGAAGAACUUGAGAAUUUUAUUUUAUCUAUCUCUUGAGUCACAUUAUGGGCUCCUAGACUUGUUU